ACAGCGGGGGAGAGAGAAAGAUGGAGGUUAGGUUUGGUGAGAGACUUUUGUGCUUGGCCGCGCUGCUCAGUGUCCUCUGUGUAGGUUCAGUUCUGGGGAAAUACGUCAAAGGCGUCGUCAACACCAAAGAGGAUUGGAUUUUCCUCACUCGUUUCUGCUUCCUCACCGAUUUUGGACGUCUGGACUUCCGGUUCCGCUAUCCAAAGUCUCGGUGCUGUCAGAACAUAUUGCUGUACUUUGAUGACAGCUCUCAGUGGCCAGCUGUGUACAAGAGUCCAAAAAAGAACUGCUACCAGAAAGAGGCGGUGCUGCGGCCCGAGAACAACCAGGUCAUCAACCUCACCACGCGCUACACCUGGUCAGGAUGUGUGGUGGAGGGAGACGGGGACGAGGAGGUGCUGAGCUGCGUGGGCGGCCGUAGCUUCCGCUCGGUGAGGGAGAGAUGGUGGUACAUCGCUCUCAGCAAGUGUGGGGGCGAUGGCUUGCAGCUGGAGUAUGAGAUGAAACUGACCAAUGGCCAGUCGUUCUGGACACAGCAUUUCUCUGCGGAUGAGUUCGGAAUCUUGGAAACUGACAUCACGUUCCUGGUCAUCUUCUCCAUGGUGUUCCUCCUCUCCUGCUACUUUGCCUACAAUCUGAAGGGAAGACAGCUUCUUCACACAACCUACAAAAUGUUUAUGACAGCGGCAGGUGUGGAGGUGCUCAGCCUGUCGUUCCAUUGUAUCUACUGGGGCUUGUAUGCGAGAGAUGGAGUUGGCAACGGCAGUCUGAAAAUACUGGGGAAAUUACUGUUCUCCGUCAGUUUCUUGGUAUUCCUUCUGAUGCUCAUUUUGUUGGGAAAAGGUUUCACUGUCACUAGGGCGAGGAUCAGUCACAGCGGGUCAGUUAAGUUGAGCAUCUACAUGACAGUCUACACCAUCACCUACGUCAUCCUUUUCAUCUACGAAGCGGAGUUCUUUGACCCAGGCGAGGUGCUGUAUGUGUACGACAGCCCUGCAGGCUACGGCCUGAUGGGCCUGCAGCUGCUGGCCUACGUGUGGUUCUGCUACGCCGUCCUGAUCUCGCUGAAACACUACCCCGAGAAACAGCCCUUCUACAUCCCCUUCUUCACCACAUACACACUCUGGUUUUUCGCAGUGCCCGUCAUGGCUCUCAUCGCCAACUUUGGAAUACCUCGUUGGGCGCGAGAGAAGAUCGUCAAUGGCAUCCAGCUCGGCAUCCACCUCUACGCUCACAUUGUGUUCCUUGUUAUCACAAGGCCUUCAGCAGCCAAUAAGAACUUCCCUUACCAUGUCAGGACAUCCCAGAUUGGGAUCCUCCUGUCGAGUCCAAAGGGGGAGGCGGGAGGCGAGAGUUUUCCCCAUCAUGCCUAUGGAAACAGUUCCUUCCUGGGCGACUCUCAGCCAAACUUCACUGAACUCUUCUCCAUCCAGUCAGAACCGGUAAAGACAGUGGAGGAGACGGUGGCUCGGAAAGGGCAAGAGGUGCCGAGGAACAGCGAGCAGAAGAUCAUCACCACUGCCGCCGACUUGACAUCGACAUUUCCGCCGCCCCCGCCUCCAAUACCUCCCCGCCUGGCCAUACACUCUCCGCCGGUCCCUCCGCGGCUCCCCUCCUUCACCGAGUAUUUCAGCAUGCAGAGCGGAGGAGGAGGAGGAGGAUUAGGCACAAAAGCAUGAAACAGAGGGAAAGGUGACAGAGAGAGAUGGGAAAAGGAUUGGAGGCAAUAUGGACAGAAUGAAAACACACAGUAAAAAGAGAGUGGGGUGUGGAAAGCAAGGUGUUACUGUUGACAGCUACAAGGGACAGAAAAAAAAGCCGGGACAGAUGAAGAGGAGAGAAAUCAUCAAAAACAGGCAUGCAGAAGAGAGAACCUAAACGGUCCCUUUUCACCUGUUAGACGAGAGCUUUUGAAAUAAACAGAAUGGAGGAAAAGUGGGGAAAUGGCUGUGUGAGAUAGAAGUGCUGAGCUUGUAAAAGAAUAAAGAAGCAAUAAAUAUUUGAUGUUGACCAGUAAGAGGCACAGAGGGAGAGAGAUGACAAAGUGGAUGUAGCCAGAGCAAUAGAAUGAUAGCUGUGCACGAGGCGGAAAUGAACAAAAUUCUGAAAUACUCUUAUUCAAAAAUUCAUGAGGCAUUGAUGGUGGGCCUUGAAGAGUUUGUAAAUAGCUAAAACAGGACAGAGCUACCACACUAAAUAGUUAAAAGUUUUUAUUGCAAAAAAAAAAAAAAGAAGAAAGUUUUGUUUUGAUGAUGUUUUUUUCCACAUCAUUGAAUUCCAGUUGGUGCUGUGACUGUCAAACAUCUCAUGCCAUCACAUUUUAUCAGAUUUAAGGAUUUACCCCCCUCAUUGUUAUUUUUUUUAUUUAUUAUUAUUUUUUUUAACAAAGCAUAGAUAUUUACUCUCUAUAUAGAAUAUGUUGGGUUAAUUUAUAGUCUUACAAGGCUUCAUCGCAGCUGGUUCUUCUGGAUUGAUAUGCUGAUGUGUAAAUGUACAACGUCACGUUUACUGUGGGCACUUCUAGGUACUCGUAAAACACGCAUGUUUGUAUCGUACUUCCUGUCCAAAAGCUGAUAUAUUUACUCCAUGUGACUCAACAGUAUGCGCUUAUUGUGUGUAUUUAAACCUUUCCUCUUGUAAAUACAUACAAUAGGCCACGUGUAUUUCUUCCGACUGGGUAAAUUCUGUUUUCGGAUAGAAAUUCUGUUGCUACUCCAAUCAAAUCCCUCUCACUCUGUCUGAAACACUAUCAAACCAAUAUUGCAGUACCUCAGUUUCAGCUUGCUUUCCACUGGAGCGCAAAUAAUGCCUGCUCAGAAAUGUCAUUAUCUUUGUGUAUGUAGACCUUGGUGAAUGUACUGAUGCAAUAGAGCACAAAGACAGGGAUGAUUUUCAAGUUACUGGAACACUACACCUCUGUUGAUUUUUUUUUUCCCUCCUCGGCUUACAUCUACAACACAUCCAUGAUUCAGAAGCAUAAAGCUGCCCACAGUCCGUUACCAUAAGUAACUUCAUCCUCACCCCUGUCUAGUACCUGAGACAUACGGCUGUAUUUGUUGGCUUUUCACACUUGUAUGUGUCUGUACCGAGUGAGAGGUUUUACAAAUACAAGCAGUUUUAUAUCCCCGAACACUGAGCAAUGACAGAAAAGAGAAAAAAAAAAAAAAAAGAAAAAACACCACCUUGUAGAUGAACUGUGAAAAUAGCAACACAAUUGUACAUUUUGUUUGUCCUGCAUGUAGCACUUUAAUGUUCCUGGUCUUAGUCUGUUUAUUCGUGGAAAAAAGUCACCUUAUAGACUGCUUUGAAUCUGGAUUCACGCUACAUCCAGCAGUAUUCCAGUUGCAUACACACAUAACACCUGUAAAUAGAGACUCUAAAAAUGUCAUGGAGUGCCGGGGCAUUUUAGAGAAUGUGGAACACGCUCAACACGGCUCAUUUUACAUUAAACUGCAGAUUGUUGAUAAGAGCUACAGUAUGUAAGGGCGUCAUUGAUGAAAUUGAAUUUACCACCAGUUACUUGCAGUAUUGAUUUUUUUUUUUAAAAAAUCCCUGAACGGAAAGACCACUAACAAAGGCAGUAUUUUAUCUUGUCUAGGAAGCAUGGUUCAUUCAUUUCCCCAAUUUUCUAAAGCAUAAAAACGGUGGUAAUUGACUAACAGUCCACAGUUUUAUCAAUGGCCAUCUUGCUAUAAUGUCUGGAGUACUUUAGGAUGUUAGGACUGUGGUGUGUAAUGUGUAAGAAUAUAGUCAGAGGUAUAACUUAGUCUGUGAAACAGAAUGAUUCCUGAAUUAGAGCACUAGUUGUUAUUUCUGGUCGUUACGUGUCUCUGAUUCAUAUUUGGCAUGACUGCCAUUUGUCUACUGUUGCCUAUUGUUAUGAUUGCCAUGACCUGACUUUAACAGAGACUAGGUGACGGGACUAACAGACUGGCUUACUGAUGUCAUUGCUUCGACUUGUGUACACUGACAUACAUUACAGGACUGAGACACACACUUUAGGGGCAGAGGAGGGGGACGGAGAGAAGAGAUUGUGUAUGCAUGAUAGAAAACAGCACAGCUUUUAGGCUACUCAGAGCGAUCUGGUUAAGAGCACAUCACUGAAGCACUGUUCAAAUGCAUUUUAAUGGUGUCAAACGAGAAUUCUAUAUAUGCUGUAAAUAUACACUUUUUGCCAAAAUAAUAAUAAUAAUAAA